AUGUUCUUACCAGAUUCCGAUCGACCAAUCUUGCAGGCACUAGAGAAGAUCGAGUUCGCAAGCGUGCCGCUGGACGAAACUACUGCAGUCGUGGAGGCCAUAGCGGCUCCGCAGUUAGCGUCCAUGUCGUUCACCCGUCCCCUCUUGCGCACGUUCAUCAUCACGUUCCAAGGCCCCCGCAGUCACGCGCGCGACCACCGCGACCACCAGUCCCGCAACUCGGGACGCUCACGGUGGUGUGGCGCGGCCGCCUCGACGUUCGUCCAGGUGAAUCAGCACCUCUGCCGCAUCUUGCCAGACGUGAUUUCAGACGGGUUGGAGUUCGUCGACAUCGGUGGCAGAUACGAGGAUCUGACGCCGGGGAUGCGUAUGCGUCAUCCACCUCGCAAGCCCGGCGGAGAUUGA